GUACGCGAGCACUACUUGCUCGGCUAGCGCGGGCGCACAACAACGCGCAGCAGUUUUUGUUUGUUUGUGUGUACGCUCUCUCACUCUCUCUCUCGUGAGCGGCCCCGCGGGAGUUGUGUUCAGUCAGCCACCUGAAACGUCGUCGUGUGGGGAAGGGCCGUGGCAUUAGGCUCGUUUUUCUUGAGCGCCUCUGUUGUGGUUCUGCUUAGUUUAGCUAGAAACUUUGGGCCGGAAUAGCUUCAUGUGCUGCAAGGCCCGUUUUAAGCUAAGCCAAAUCUUAACGUAAACCUUCUUCCCACCGCCGCCAGCUACCUUUAUCACCUUAUCGUGGCUCUCCUUAUGUGUGGCUGUGUCCGAGAAGGGAGGGUUUACACGUGUGCAAAGAGUGUUUUUCCUCGCGUUUGCUGUGUAUGAGUGUGCCUGCCUGCACACAAACGCAUUCGGCCCCGUUACCACGCGGCCCGACAGAACAGAUCGUUUGCCGCAAAACCGCCGUUAUGUUCUCAAGGUGCGCCCGACGCCGCCCCAACCGUGUGUGUGGUGCUGUCCGCCCGGUGGGCUGCUGGCUGCUGCAGUGAGCGUGCCCGGAAGGAAAAAGCAGAUCGGCCGGUGUGUGUGUGUGUGUGUCCUCCCGUCAAUAAACCAUUACACCCGUUUUUUCGUUGCUUUGUUUUGGUUUUCUUCGCGUCGCCUUUUCGGUGUCAAGUACCUUGCCGCGCAUCGAGGCAACACUCCACGGGCGGGAAGGGAGGAGAAUGCUUUUCGUGUGAGUGGUUUGUUGUUUUUCUUUUUGGAGCUCGCGGUGUGUUUGUGUGUGUGUGUGUUUGUGGAAAGAGAUUAAUGUAGCGUGUGAAGAUCGACUUAAGCAAUCUCCCCCCGGAGGGGUUUCUCUCUCGCUCGCUCUCUCUCUCUCUCUUGAGCGCAAGAAAUCUCUCGUUCGUUUGCAUCGCAAAACUGUAAGUGCAGCAAAACCGUGUUUACACACCUGUUCCAUUGUGAGCUCGAAGAAGAAGAAAAAAAAGGAAAGAAGGAAGAUUGUGCUGCAGCAGCAGGAAAAGCUUCAAAUUGUUGCACGUGCAAGUGCGCAAACGUACGCGGACAGUAGCGCGCAAAACCGAACCAAUCAACCCCCGCACACUACACAGAUCAGCCGUUAUCACCAUUCAACGACCACUGGGAGUCAAUUUUACCAUUCCGAGUAGUCGCACAGUUCAGCGCUCAGGUGGGGUGGGUUUUGGGGCGCCACCAGCGAAAGAAACACCAAGCAUCAAGAGCGACAAGCGAGCAGCAGCAGCAGGCUCUCCAACAAUCGGAGCGUCCGUCAGCGAUGACAUAUGUUCGUCGGGUCGGUGGGACUGCACCAGACAAUCGACCACGCUGAGCGGCGUACACCAUCGAAGCUAGUAGCGCGGGACCAAGCAACCACAGCAGCAGCAGUAGUACAGUUCGCCAGCUAGACUAGCGAUGGGCAACUCGGGCAGUAUGAGCGGGUUGUCCGGGUACGAGGAGGGGUACCAUCAUCAUCCGGGGUAUCAUCACCAUCACCAGCGGUACCACGAUGCGAUGCGCGGCGAGUCGGGCAUGGCCGCCUCCUGGAUGGAUUCGUACCAGCGCGACCAUCACCGGCGGCCCGGCGGUGGCGGCGUUGGACCGCGCGAUCACGACCCGCUCCAGCAGCAGAUCAAGGUGCUGCCGGACAUCCCGGGCAAGGUGGCGAAGCUACGGUCGACCAACAACGGCAGCAUCCUGCACGCCGGCGGCACGAUCAGCAAGAACAACCAGGCGCUCCAGCGCUCGAAAAGCAUCUCGUCGCCGACGUACCAGCAGCACCAGCAGCAGCACCCGGCCAGCUUCAGCGAGUGCGACGAGGAGCUGGAGCUGAGCUCGCUGCAGCCGGCCAGAAGCAUGCUGAUGCAGCGCUCCCGCACCCAGCUCAACCUGAUGCCGCCCGGUCUCGCUGGAGGUGGUGCCGGUCGGCUCACGCGCAACGGACACGCGCCACAGUACGGCCACGAUGAGGACGGCGGUGGACGCGGACCGCCGGAAAGGGCGGCCGGUGGUCGGCAGACCGCCACUCGGUACGGUGAACCGAACGGCACUGCCGGCGGUAGCGCGACCGAGGCGCUCAACCAGCGGAAGCGGUUCGGGUCCGAGCCGGACCUGCGGCUGUCCCUGCUGCCAAGGAGUGGGCCGGGCCCGGAGCCACCGGGCGGGUCCCGCAAUCCCAAGAUGGCACAGUCGAAGAUAAUGAAGGGCAAAAACAAGAAGAAGGCUCCGGUACCGCCGGUAAUGGAGAAGCGCGACGCCAGCAAGGAUGCGGACCGGCAGCGCAUCAUCGCCUACUCGCCGAUGCGCAAACCGGACGGCAACAACGGCACCUCCACCCUGCCCUCGUCGAGCGACGGGUCCAGCUUCAACGUGGCGGCGACGCGCAAGCUGCGCCUCUUCAAGACGCGCGCCGAGACGAAGAAAACGCCCACGAUCGCGAAGCUGCCGGAAGCGUCCGACGCCAAGAUGUUCCCCGGCAAGAGCGGGCCACCGGUGGCAGGGGCGGCGGUCCCGGCUGGCGGUAGCUUUAUGCGUGCGGCCGGCCCACACCAGCGCCCCGAUUGCGGGCCGUCGCCAGACGACGAGAAGCUGGGCAGCGCGCUGGAGCACAUCUCGCCGCGCCCGAAUCCGACCUCGUUCUUCCGGCGGGAGAAAACGUUCGACGCUGGGCUGCUGGGGCUCGAGCGGCAGCGGGAGGCCGAGGCACGGCCAGCCGCCAAACCUACCAUGUCGCCACCGCUCUCGCGCCGGAAGUCGCUCGUCAAGAGCUACCUGGAGCAGAACGGGCCACCGAACCCCGGCAAACCGUCGGCCGGCGGGCCCGCUCGGGUGGAGGUGAAACCGCGGCAGCAGGUUGGCACGCCGGCCGAAAGCUACCAGCGCAAGCUGGCACUGGCCGAGGCGCAGCGUAAGCAGUCGUCGGCGGCGGCCGCCGCCAUUACGGACUUCCAGAAGGAGCUGCAGCUGGCGACGAGGCGGAAAACGGGCCCGGCGGUCGCUGCACCGCCGCAGGCAAAGCCUGCCCAGCCGGCAGGCUCCCGGUUUUCCCUGCUGCCCGGCCCGGCCGCCAACUCGACCCCCACCAAGGCCAAGCACACGGCGAACGCGCUCGUGAUCAACGUGGAGCCGGCGAAGGACGCGGAACCGAAGCCGCACGAUACGCCACGGGACUCGCCACCGCCGGCGACACCACCGCCGCCGCCGCCACCGCCCAAGACGAGCUUCUACUUCGGCAUGCGGGACGAUCGCGAGCCGCAGGACGUGCCGCGCCGGUUCACCGGCCAAACGGCCAGUCGGCCCACGGCCCCGUUCAUGGCCGAGUCGCGGGUCGACGAUAGCGACGACAGCGAGCGGGACGCCCGACCGAGCCAGCAGCAGCAGGAGAGCCGGGACGGGCGGGACGGGAUGGAGUCGGCCGAGGAGGAGGAGCACAUCGGGCACACGCAGAUGGAGCUGAUCGACCAGUUCGCGGCCAGCCUGCUGAACAGCAGCCGGUUCCGCUCGUCCGACUCGGUCGCGUCGUCCGAGGCGGACGUGCGGACGACGGCGGCCGGCAGCACGUGGGACGAGGCGGACGCGCAGGAGAUCGCGCUCAAGCUGCGGCCGACGCUGCCCCGGAAGCAGUUCGACAUACCGCGGUUCAGCCCGGCCGCCGCCUGGCGGCUGCUCACCACCGAGGACGAGUUCUGCCGGGAGGCGGGAGGCGUGCCGGUGGUGGAGGGUGGCGCCGGCGAGAAGAAACACUUCCUGCGGGGGCUCGAGCAGGAGCUGGACGUGCCGGAGGAUCGCAUCCAGCGGGUGUACCGGGAGCCGGGCGUGCCGGGCCUGCAGGACAACAAGAGCGGCGACAGCGGCAUCUCGGGCGACGCGGGCAUGCUGGCCGACCUGGGACAGGACGCACCGCUCGCGGGCCGGGGGAAGGCGGAGCGGGCCGGCGAUACCAGCCCGGAAAGUGGCACGCCCGGCCUGCACAAACCUGGCGGUGGGGGUGGAGGUGGAGCGGGUGCAGCAACGAACGGGGGCUGGUCGUCCAGUGCGCUGCUGCUGAUGCCGUGGACCCCCCAACAGGACCUGGACGAUGACGAGGACGACGAGGACGACGACGAGGAGGACGACGAGCAGGAGGAUGAGGAAGAGGAGGAGGAGAGGGGCGGCGGCGGCGGAGAGGACGACCGAACGAUGGGCAGUGGGGGCGAAGCGCGCCGGCUGCUGGCAGCCGAUGCCGGCCGGCCGGACUACUCCAGCAAAGGGCAUUUGUUUAGCCUUUCGCUGCCGAGGGAGAACCAUCUCUCCAUCUACAACGUCGAGUCGGCGGAUGAGAAGGUGGAAAAGCACGUGUUCAACAGCUUGCAAAAGUUCCGCAAGUCGGUGACGGGCGCGUUCAAGAGCGACGAGGGCAGCGGGCAGCUCGAUUCGAACGACAGCAACUGGUUCCUCGGCCGGCUCGAUACGAAGCUAACGAAUGGUGUUGGGGGAUGCACACCCGCGGCGAACGGUGGCGCGGAGAAGCGGUCCAAGCUGCUGCCGGAUGGGCGCGAUCGCGACGUCACCGACGGUGCGCCGGCCGUCUCCUCGCUCGGCUCGCUGGCCCUGCAGCACAAGCACAGCUCGAUCGGGUAUCUCGUGAGCGGCAAGCACAUGAUGUACCUGCCGAAAGAGCCGACCAAACUGCACGCCACCACCGACAAGGGCAGCAAGCAGGACGAGAACAACAAUCGGAAGAGCUACCACAACCAGAACGGGACGGCCGAGCGGCACCAGGAGCGAGCGGGGGUGGCGGGCUCGUCCGUCGCACCACAGCACGGUGGUCCGGCGAGCCGGGCGACGACGGGCAGCAGGGGCCACAGCGAUAAGGAGAAUCUGCAAGAUCCGGUUCCGAUUAGUGCGGUGGCGGUGGGAGCGGCGAGUACCAACCCACACCACAGUGGGGAGUUUGAGGCGUUCCCGGUGAAGCUGACGAACCGGCGCAACCAUCGGUUCACCUUCCAGAGCACGAUCCGGCAGAUCGAGAAGCGCCGGGUGGCGGAGAAGCUGUCGCGCGAGGCAGAAAUCAAGGAGGCGAUGCGGCUGAGCGAGCUGGAAGCGAUGCGGCGCGUCGAGGAGGAGUUCCAGAAGAAGCGGGCGCGCGAGAAGGCCUCGAUCCGGCACCAGCUGCGGCUGUUCUCGAUGGAGAACCAUCCGGACCAUCCAGGGAAUGAUGGUGAGGGCGAGCAGGACUCGACGGGUGACACGAAACGCUCCGACCCGGACGGGGACAGUCUACCGCACCAGAGUGCCAGCGGGCGCAGUGGGGGCGGUGGUCUGUAUCGCAAGAAGGAGUUCACCAGCAUGGAGCGGCAGUACAAGCGUAGUAAUGGCACGGGACACGGCGCCGCACCGGAAGGUGGCGACGAGCUGGACGGCGAAGACGAGAUGCUAGAAAAGGUGUUACCCGACAGUGCGACGGGCCGGCGACGGCGAUACGGCGCCGAGAACGAGGACGACAAUGACGACGAUGAGGACGACGAUGGUGAGACCAGCAGCAGCCUCGGUUACGUGGACACCCGCACGCCCUACAUCUCGCGCAUCAUACAGGCGAAGAGCAGCAAGUCGUACGGCGUGAAGAAGUAGCUGGUGCGCACAGAAGGGGUCGUCCGAGCUGACUAGACCGCUACCCAUUACCAUCAUUAUCAUCAUCACCACCAACACUACACACGAUUGCCAUCUAGUCAAACAGUCGCUGUUUUGCAAGUGCCCGAGCCGAGCCGCCUAGCCCUAGCGUUACCCGAUCCCGCGUCCCACGGAUUCUUUGCCCGCUUUCUCCCGUGGCCAGUAUAGACCCCUGCUACCGGACCUUGCCUCUGUAUGGGGCCGCACUAUUGCCACAUCCGGCCUUACGGUGCGCGUGAGCGACGAGAAUAGGAAAGCAAAGCCCGUUUUACUCUCUAUUUGUUCGGUUUUGUUUUUUUUUUCUUUUAAAAGCCUCGUUCUUUUGUUUGUUUGUUUCUGUCUAGAUGUUAAGCCUCUGUUUUGUUUUACGUUUCUAGCGUACCCGUACCACGUUUAAGUUAAUUGCACGCGGCUAGAGCACGCGUUAGACCGUUAUUGUAGACUUUUAGCAAACACAUUAAGCAGCACAGUGUACCGGAUCGGUCCCCAGGCCGGCCAGGUUGUGUUGUACCGAUUCUUGCUCGGAUCGCUUGGGUUACGUUAUUUAGUUUCUAGCGUCUUUCCCUCCCUCCAAUCAUUACUAAUCAAUUAUUCGUUCGUCAAAUAAAAUGUUCCAAUGUGCGUUACAUUGAACCUAA